AUGCUGCCACGCGGGUCUUGGGAUUUUGAAAUUUUAUUUCAGUCGGCGAAUACAGAAUACAGCGAUGACCUCAAACUCGGAAUUAGCUGUCCUUUUUCGGUUUUGAUGAGUUUGCUUGCAGUCUCCCCGGCUUGGGAAAAUGUUCCCCUUCCGUCGCUUCCAACUCUGCAGCCUGAGAAGGUUCACUUUAAUGCGACACUCCUGCCUCCUUUAAUUCGAGCUGUUCCUUCAGGCAAUGGUCUGGUGGCCGGCCGGCUUCUCGAGACAUUAUUGUUGGUAAUACUGACGCGUCCUUCUUCCUGGUCUGCCGGGGCUUUCAAUCCGCCGGGAUCAUUACAGGGAAGAAAGCAGAAUUUCCCAGCUUUCAAUCCGCCGCGGACGUUAAAAGCUUAG